AUGUAAAAUUAAUAAAAAAACUAUAAAUAGUCUUAUUUAAAUUAAAAAAAGUUUGCUGACUUAUAUAUACUUGAUAUUCCUGCAGUUUUAAGAUCUGAACUAGUUGAACAUUUUACACCAGUAUACGGCAAAGAAGAUGCUGAGAUAUAUUAUAGUUUUUUAUAUACAGUUUAUUCUAUGCCAAAUAUAGUGUUACCUUUAUACGGUGGUGUACUAUCAGAUUUAAUAGGAUAUAGAAAAAUGACAAUUAUAUUUUUAUUAUUUAUAACUAUUGGGCAAAUAAUAAUUACAUGCGGAAUAAAUGUAAAAAGUUUAAAAAUAAUGAUUUUGGGCCGAUUUAUUUUUGGAAUUGGUGGAGAAUCAUUAGGAAUUUCUAUAAAUUCUUUGAUUGUAAAUUGGUUUUAAGGAAAUGAAGUAUCAUUUGCAUAAUCAAUUAAAUUAAGUAUUAUUAGAUUCGCAAGUGUUUUAAACUCAUAAUUAACACCAAGAAUAUCUGAACAUAAAUCAAUUACUUAUAGUUUUUAUUUUGGAAUUUUUAUUUGUUUAUUUAGUCUUUUAUGUGCAAUAAUUUUAGUUUAUGUGGAUUAUAAAUUAACUUUGAAUCCAAUAAUAAAAUAACAAAAAUAAUAUAUACUUUCUAAAUAAUUAAAAUUAGUUUUUGUUAAAAUAUUCAAAAACAUUAAAAAAAUGAGCAAAUUAUUUUGGAUUUUAACUUUUUUAACAAUUGCCCUUUAUAUAUGUGUAGUAACAUUUAAUACAUGCUCAAGUUCAAUAUUAAUUGAUCUUUGGCUACCGAAAACUAACUUAUUAAUGGUAAAUUAAGAAUUAGCAGGUUAAUUAAUGGGUAUUCCUUAUAUAAUUGCAUCUUUAUUAUUUCCUUUAUUUGGAUAUAUCUGUGAUAAAUUUGGAUAGAGAAUUAAUUUACUUAUAAUUUCAACAAUUUUAUGUUUUACUUCUUUUGCACUUUUUCCUUUUGUUUAGCCUAAAAUCACUCUUAGCAUUUUAGGAUUUAGUUACGCUAUAUUCGGAGCUGUUAUAUGGCCCACCGUUUCUUACAUAAUUCCAAAAAAUAAAUUAGGAGUAGGAUACGGUAUUAUGGGAUCCUUAUAGAAUAUAAUAUCUGGUUCUAUGCCAUUAGUAAUUACUUUUAUUUAAAUAUAAGGAAAUAGUAUAUCUGUAGUUUAUUUCUUUAUUAUUAUAUCUUUAGUUUCGAUUAUAUUAGUUAUUUAACUAUAUUAAGCUGAUUGCCAAUAAAUAGGUAAUAAAAAUUUUAAAUAUAUUAAAAUCUACAAUUAAUAAAAAAAUAUACAUUAUUUUUAUAAAAAAUAUAUUAAAUAAUUAACUAAUAUUUUUAAAUAUAUAUUAAUAAAAUAAAAAUGUAUAUUUAUAUAAUAUUAUAUAAAAAAUAAAAAUUAUAAAUAAUAUAUAUAAUAAUUAAAAAAAAUUAAAAUUUGA